GUCUCCAUGACCCAGUCCUUCAUGACCGGCGUCGGAUUGCCGGGACAGGCCUUCUUCGACUCCAGCCCUGUUUGGGUGGCCGGCUCGGAUCGGCUCGCCGGCUCCUUCUGCGAACGAGCCCAUCAGGGUCAGGUUUUCGGGUUGCAGACCAUGGUGUGUAUACCGUCCGCGAAUGGAGUCGUCGAAUUGGGGUCGAGUGAGGUGAUUUUCCAGAGCUCCGAUCUGAUGAAUAAGGUUAGGGUUUUGUUCAAUUUCAACAAUCUGGAGGUGGAAACCUGGCCAAUCAGUGGUGUUGACCAAGGGGAGAACGACCCCUCUUCCCUUUGGAUCACUGAGCCACCAAACGUCAUUGAAAUUAAGGAUCCCCUCAAUAAUACAGUAGCGUCAGCUCCGGCUCCGGCUCCCGCUCCAUCUCCAUCUCCGGCUCCGAGUACCACAAAUAGCCAGCAAGUUUCGAAAAUUACGCACACAGAGAACCCCAAAUCGAGCGUUGUAACUGGAACACCGAGCUCUGUUCCUUCCCAGAAGAGCCAACAGAGCCACCGACAGUCGCAGCCGGUUCACACCCAGAGCUUCUUCACCAGGGAAUUAAACUUCUCUGAAUUUGGGUACGAUAACAGCAGUUUGAAAGACGGGAAUUCGCAUUCGCUGAAGCCGGAAUCCGGCGAGAUUCUGAAUUUUGGGGAGAGUAAGAGGAGUUCUUACCCCAGCGCAGACAACUUAGCUUCGGGUAAUUCCCAGUUUGCAGCUGAUGAGAACAGGAAGAAGAGAUCCCCCACUUCAAGGGGGAGUAACGAGGAGGGAAUGCUUUCUUUCACUUCUGGCGUGAUUGUUCCAUCAUCCGGGGCCGUGAAAUCGAGCGGUUGCAUUGGCGGCGACUCCGAUCACUCGGACCUCGAAGCUUCAGUGAUUCGUGAGGUUGAGAGUAGCAGAGUGGUGGAGCCGGAGAAACGGCCACGAAAGAGGGGCAGAAAGCCAGCAAAUGGUAGAGAAGAACCACUGAAUCACGUUGAAGCAGAGAGGCAGAGGAGAGAAAAGCUAAACCAAAGAUUCUAUGCUCUCCGUGCUGUGGUUCCUAAUGUAUCAAAAAUGGACAAAGCUUCACUUCUUGGGGAUGCAAUCUCUUACAUCAACGAGCUCAGAGGGAAGCUUCAAACUGCAGAAUCGGACAAGGAGGAACUGGAGAAGCAAUUGGAAGCAGUUAAGAAGUUGAUGUCUAGUAAAGAAUCUUCUUGCAUAUCAAGCUCAAGUGAACCCCCACCAGAUCAAGACAUAAAAGGAUCAAACAUCCAUGGAAACAAUAAUGGUAUCGAAACCGAUAUCGACGUGAAAAUAAUCAGUUGGGACGCGAUGAUCCGGAUACAAUCUAGUAAGAAAAACUACCCUGCCGCACGGCUGAUGGCGGCUUUGGAGGACCUAGACUUGGAUAUCAACCACGCCAGCAUUUCAGUUGUCAAUGAUCUAAUGAUCCAACAAGCCACUGUCAAAAUGGGGAGUAGAUUAUACACUCAGGAGCAGCUAAGGAUAGCUCUAUUGUCGAAAAUGGGCGCAACUCGGUAGCCAUUGUUGUUUCCUUUCACUGCUAUCAUCUGAAGUAGUAGGCAUUGGGUUAGAAGAGCUGGGGCAGAUGUGUAGUAGAGGACGAGGGCGAGGAUGAAGACGAGGAGGCUAAUGGCGUAAGCUCUGUAAUAUAGUGUUCUACUUGUUCUUUGGUAGUGGUGUUUUAGUAUUUAUGUGAUUCUGAGAUGAUUUACAUGGUGGAGUUGAAGGCUAGGGAUGGAGAAGAGAGAAGAAGAUAGUGACUCCAUUCAUGUGAAAAUAGUUUAAAAACUUUCUAUUAUUGUAUAUAUACAAAGCCAUAAAUGUGAACCUGCAGGAAGUUUCUGCACUUGGGUAGUUGAAUUAUUUUCUUAUGAGUACAUGUUUGUAAGAUGUGUAGUUUUAUGUUAUUCCUCUGUAAAACUCUCUAUCCAGAAUUUUCUCUUGCUGGAUUGAAGGAACUGAAUCUAUUAGAAGAACAGCUCUACUAGUUGAUCUCAUCA